AUGAAUCCCCACAACGACCUGGACCCCAAUACCGAAGUCCCAAGCUUCUUCUGGCGCUCCUUAUCCCACCAGACCAUCUUCUCCGUCGCCGCUAUCUCCCGCCUAUUCCUGUUCGCAUUCAACAAGACCGAAGUCCAUGGGCUUCCUCGCUUCCUCGAUCUCCUCGUAUCCCGUUCGGAUUACAAGGCGCGGCGGAGAGGGCUGGUGACGGUGUCCAACCAUGUCAGCGUGCUCGACGAUCCGCUGAUUUGGGGGGUGCUGCCUCUCUCCUUCGCCGCCUUCCAUGGCUACAUGAACCACCGCUGGAUCUUCGGCAGCCACGACAUCUGCUUCACCAACGCCUUCCGCAGCCACUUCUUCACCCUCGGCCAGACGCUGCCCACCCACCGCCUGGCCCACUCCAAGCAUGGCGGCAUCGCGCAGCCCACCCUGACCGAGGGUGUCCGCCUCCUCUCCUCCAUCUUCGCGCGCCAAUCGAGCUGGAACCCGCACAUCAGGCGCGGACUCGAAAAGACAGAAACCUUCCGCAGCUCCUGGCCGCACGAUUGCGUUGACCCUUUCUCCGACAUCAGCCCUCCACCUUCAUAUCCUUCCGGCCUCGACGACCACCGCCACUACCUCGCUCCCUCCCGCUACGCCUGCAAUUCCAACAGCUGGAUCCACAUCUUCCCCGAAGGCAUGAUCCACCAGAGCCGCGACAAGAGCAUGCGCUACUUCAAGUGGGGCGUCGCGAGACUGAUCCUCGAACCAGCCGAAUGCCCCGACGUGGUGCCCAUGUUCAUCGAAGGCACCGACGACAUCAUGCACGAGACGCGCCAGUUCCCGCGCUUCAUACCACGCAUCGGCAAAAAAGUCAGCGUGACCUUUGGCCGCGAGGUCGACACCGAGGCCGUCUUCGGCGACCUGCGCAGGAGGUGGAAGGAGCUCCGCGACGCCGACUACGCGGCUUCGGUACACGAUCCGCACGCGUCGUGCCCGCAGGAAGCGGUGGGACUGUUGCUGACCGACCCGCUCUGCCGUGGUGAAGAGGCCAUGGAGCUGCGUCGCGAGUGUCCCCGCCGGCUGCGGCUGGAGGUGCUGAAGGUGCGGCGCUCCAGGGGCUAUCCGGACGAGGAUCCCAAGGCCGGUCUGGCCGAGACGUAUCUGCGCGAAGGACCUGGCAGGGAAGGCCGCCAGAGCGACGGCACCUGGCUUAAAGAUGCCUGA